ACACGCAAGUUUCAUUCUCUUCCCUUUUUGGAGAAUCUGUGAGAAGUGACGCAGCAAAGGGCCCUGCCUGCAGAUGUAAGGGACGAGCUGGCCACAGUAUGGCCCCACUGGGGCUGUUCCCAGUUUUAGUGCCUAUGAUCAAACUAAUCCUGAUUCAGAUGAAGACUGGAGAAUCCUUGGGGUUAACUCUGAUCCGCAAUACGAUACAAGGGGGAGUUGCAGACAAAGAGGACUUUAUUCACUCCAGUGGAAGAGAACGGAGGGAGCAGCCAUGCCAGAAAGGAUACUUUCCUCACCCUAAUGGAACCCACUGCUGCUAUAGAUGCCACAGAGGAACGUAUGUUGCACAACACUGUUUAGAAAAAGACAAGACAACCACUUGCUUAGAAUGCCCCCCGGGCACCUACAUGUCUCGUGAGAAUUACGCAAACAAGUGUUUGGGAUGCCAAGACUGUCGUUCAAAUUUUGGGCAGAUAGUAAUUUCCAGUUGUACCUCUGAGGAAGAUACAGUGUGUGGCUGUGCUGCAAAUCAGUUUCGGACCAGCGACACUUCUGAGUUCUUUUGCAAGAAUUGCAGUGCUUGUCACAAUGGAACAAUCAGGCAAACUUGUACAACAUUCAGUGACACAGUAUGCGAGUGUCACUAUGGGUUCUUUCUCCAGACAGGUGAAAACAACUGCUCCCCAUGCAGCAGCUGCCAGGACCUAGAUUGCAAGGCACGCUGUGAGGAAACCAACCCAGUGACAAAGCCACCCAAUUCCCCUGAGCUCACAUCUCUCCUCAGCUCGCUGGUUGUCAUCUUUGGAGUUGGCUGUUUGUUUUUGUUGGCAAGGAGAAUUAUCACUCCACUUUGUCAGAGGAAACGGAGCUCCACGUGCUGCUCAUAUCCUUCUGAUCAGCAAUCAACAAAAGAAAUGGCUUCAAAGACUAUAGCAAAUGACUUCCUUCUGGAGCCAAACCAGGAAGUAAGAAUGUUGCCACAGGAAGCCACACCAACUCCACUUCAAGGACUACCAGAUUGUGUAAGAUCUGCAGGAGAGACACAGAUUCCAGAUUGCCCUACAGUUUUGUAUACUGUGGUGGAUCAUGUACCUCUGUCCCGGUGGAAGGAAUUUGUGCGUCGCCUUGGACUGAGUGAAAAUGCAAUAGAGAGAAUCAAUAUGGAACAGCGGCAUAUGCGGGAAGCCCAAUAUGAGAUGCUGAGACAAUGGAGGCUGCAGGCAGGCCAUGGUGCCACUGUGGAGCGCAUCAGUAAUGUGCUCAACCAAAUGGAGCUGAGUGGCUGUAGUGAGGCUAUUCAGGAGGUCCUGACCAAACAGCCCUAGAUGUUCUGACUUCCUUGCCUCUUCUCCAACAAAUAUCAGAACUCAUUCAUACAUGCAUGCACCUCUCUUAAUGAUGGCAGCAUCAUUGUGAUUUGCACAUAGAAAUGAGCCAUUACAGCAUAAAUAGAACUUUGUGAUAUUGUACAUCACCUCCAACACAAUGCGGUGGAGUCCAUUCACCCAUCCAGCUGCUUAUCAUCAGUGUUAGGCUGAGUAAUCAAGCUAUAUAAAUGUAUAUGUGAAACAGUUCUUAGCUCUUGUCUUCAUCCCUGUCAAGCCCAGAUCCUCCUUCCAGAGAUGGAUUUUGGUCCUCUCUCUUGCUUGCCAUCUACUCUUUUUUUAACACAUCUUUGUAUAGGUUGAACGCAGAUCUUUUAUCAAAUGCCCUGCUUAUAGGAAUUAAGAGAGAUGAGUAUUUUCAACCUAGGUCUCACCUUUAAUCCCAAAUUUGAAAUUUGGGAUCCAGUUUUUUAAUGCUUCAUUUCCUUCUCUUUCAAUUCUCGCUCUGUCUUUCUUGGGGCAUAACUAUUGAUUUAACAGUCAUUCCUUUGCUCUAUGGAGCCUUGGGGAUUGUAGUUGUGUGGGAGAGAGAUCACUAACAGAGAAAAUUUAGCACCUGUAAUUUGGUACAAUUCCUAGGUUUUUCUAGGUGAGGGGAAGACAUUGCAGUCUAACUUGUAUAGAACUAGCAUAAAUGUGUGUAGUAGACAUACUGUCUCUCCAACCAUCUCUCCUUCUCCCCUCUCCAUAAGUUUCUGUUUCUGUUUUAAAGCAAAUAUUGUGGGGCCACUAAUGCUGCUCACUUGUGGAUCCUGAGCUACUAGUUGAAAACAACACCAAUCAGCAAAGAUUCCAACUUCCUAGAUAGGGAAACAGUUACUGAGAAUUAGAAAGAUCUCUGCCUGAGAUUCUGAAGUUAUUGGGAAUUAGAAAGAAAGAUCUCUGCCUGAGAUUCUGAAGAGGUGGUUCUAUUACUAAUAAAACUGUAUAAGGCAAUUUUAUAUGAGUAUAUAUAUUCAGUGCUCUUAGUUCAAGUCAGUAUUGCUGUCAAGUAGUUUGUAUAUUAAAAUGCCAUUCUACCUGUGCAUAUGCAGUUUCAUAACAGUCAACAAAUCUUUCUAUGAUCAAAGACAGUAGGAUCAAUGUUCUUUCUUUUAUUUCUAAUUAUUAAUAGAAAUGUCUGAUUUUAUAAUACAAAUUAAAACAUGACAGAAAGAGAAAUUGGCUAUUCUUCCCCC